UUUCGGCCGGAAUUUGAAACAAGGAAACAUAAGAGUCACGAUCUUCGGUUAGACUCAGGUUAACUAAUUUCAUCUUCAUUUAUUGUAGAGAGUUCAAAUUAUUCUUAUUUUGGAUUGAUUUUGUUUGACAAAUACAGCAACAUAAAUCUAAUUGAAAAUGGCUUCUGAAAGAUAUAGCUUUUCGUUGACUACUUUCAGCCCGUCUGGUAAACUGGUACAGAUCGAAUAUGCUUUGGCUGCAGUGUCAGCCGGCACACCUUCGGUAGGAAUUAUGGCUUCAAAUGGUGUGGUAUUGGCCACUGAAAAUAAACCUAAGUCGUCACUCUAUGAGGAACAUAGCGUUAAACGUGUUGAAAUGGUCACAGAUCACAUAGGUAUGGUUUACUCUGGUAUGGGACCCGAUUAUCGUCUGCUAGUAAAACAAGCACGUAAAAUAGCUCAGAACUAUUUUCUGACAUACAAGGAGCCAAUACCUGUAGCCCAGUUAGUGCAACGUGUAGCAACAUUGAUGCAGGAGUAUACACAAACCGGUGGUGUGCGUCCAUUCGGUGUCUCACUCCUUAUAUGUGGAUGGGACUCUGAUCGUCCAUAUUUGUUUCAGUGUGAUCCAUCUGGAGCAUAUUUCGCAUGGAAAGCAACAGCAAUGGGUAAAAACGCAGUUAAUGGAAAAACAUUUAUGGAAAAAAGAUAUAGCGAAGAUUUGGAACUGGAUGAUGCCGUUCAUACUGUUAUUUUGACUCUCAAAGAAGGAUUUGAAGGCAAGAUGACCGCGGAAAACAUUGAGAUCGGUGUUUGUGACAAAAAUGGUUUCAAAUGCCUGGACACUGCUACUAUUAGGGAUUACUUGGCAAACAUUCCAUAGAGGGAUCAAAUUUUAUACGUUUAUUUAAUCCUUGUAUGUUUAUUUUGAAAUAAAUUCACAGGUGUAUGUA